AUGGCAGAUUAUGACCGGCGACGACGGGGUGGUGGUGGUGGCGGAGGAGGUGGAGGAGGAGGACACUUCAACAACAGAAAAAGAAGAUACAGAGAGGAUGACUACGAAGAUCGUCGUCCACAGCGCCGCCGCUACGAGGAGCCACUUGCGGUGACUCUGCGCAAACAAGUGCUGUCCAUCGCAGAAAGUCCUGUCCGAAAAGCAGAAGAUGAAGCUGCAACGAUCGCAAAGACUCUAGCGGCGAACUACUUUGAUACCGAUCUCACUUCGGGGUUCUUGGAGCUCGUGGUGCAGUUGCCCAUCGAACAACCCCUGAAGAUUCCCUUUGUCGCGGCCGUCCUCCUUCUAGCCAAUGUGCAGAAACCCGAGUUUACGUCUGAAGUCUUGGUCAAAGUCGGAGAGGCCUUACAAAAACAACUGAAUAUUGGCGCAUGGCGUGAAGUCAAGCUGUAUCUGCGCCUUCUCGGUUGCCUUCAGGGCAUGUUUGAGGGAGAUGGCAUUUUUCCAUUGCUUGAAGAACUCUUCUCCCGCGCAGCCGACUUGCAAAUGAAGUCUUCCGAAGACUCCUUGGGCCUCGAACUUGUCAAGGUUAUCUUGAUGACACUUCCAUACGCCAUGGCAUCUUCGGCAACGGGUUUCGAGAAUCAGGCCAAUGCUCUGCUGGAGAAAACAGAUAUCAUUGCCUCGACUGCCCAUCCUCUCGAGUCGCUGGUCGAUCCAUUCCCGAACCGCGAAGUCGGAGCGCCUGCUGGUUCCGAGAGUGCUCUUGCGCUGCUUCAAAGACACAUGCAAGACGAGGCCAAGAAUGCUUGGGAGUUGGCCUGUCUGCCUCGGCCGUGGAAAGGGCAGCGCUCGUCUGAAGAGGAGGAUGCAUUGGGUGGGGCGCAGAAACACCAGUUCCCGACCGUGACUGUCCCAGAGACUGUUCCAAAUGGCCCUCGGCCACUUUUCCCGGAGAUUUAUUUCUCAGUCUAUCGCGAACAAGAUAUUGAGACGGUCCCUCCUGUGUCUGAUCCCGCGGCACUCCUGAUUCGAGACGCUUUGUCCGACACAAUCAACGUCCUCGACUUCAAUCGAGCGGUGGCCGCCAAAUUUCUGAUCGAUGUCGACUGUUACUUUGCGCCGGAUACCUUUGUGAAAAGGGCCACGCCAUUUGACAAGUUGCGGGAGGUCGCCGGGGACAAGGCAACCUGGAAACCAGAGGAUGUUGUUGUGGACGCGGCAUUUUCUCAGCUGCUACAGUUGCCUGGCCCUGAGCAUAAGUUGGUGUACUAUCAUUCGGUGCUCACUGAAGCAUGCAAGCUCGCGCCCGCUGCGGUUGCACCAAGUCUGGGACGGGCAAUCCGCUUUUUAUACAGGAACGUGGACAAGAUGGAUCUGGAACUCUCUCAGCGCUUCCUGGACUGGUUUGCCCAUCAUCUCAGUAACUUCGGUUUCACGUGGAAAUGGACUGAAUGGGUCGAUGAUGUCAAUCUACCUGACGUACACCCAAGAAAGGCUUUUAUUAUGGACGCCUUGGACAAAGAGAUCCGACUCAGCUUUUCGAAGCGCAUCAAGGGGACCCUACCAGAACCUUAUCAAGCCCUGAUCUCGGAAGCUAAAGAAAAGGACGUGCCUGAUUUCAAAUACGACGAUGAAUCCACGCCCUUUGCUGCCGAAGGAAAGGAAGUUGCGCAAUUGAUCCGACGCAAAGCCACCAGCGAGGAAUUCGAUCCCAUCCUGGAAAGAGUGGAAGAAGAAGCAGCAGCGUCAGGACUGUCCGACCCUUCUGUUGUAUCGACGGAUGUCUUUGUUACUUCGAUGUGCUGGAUCGGAUCCAAAUCGUUGUCUCACGCUCUAGCUUGCAUUGAACGGUGCAAAGAGCGUCUGUUGGCGAUAAGUGCUACCAGCCCCGCCUGCAGGAAGCAAAUCAUCACCUCCGUCGUGGACUACUGGAAAGAUCAACGUGGCAUCGGAACUAUCCUCGUUGACAAAUUACUCAACUACCAAAUCUUGACCCCCGAGAGUGUUAUUGAGUGGGCGCUUAUUGACCAUGUCUCCCGCGGCACACUCCUCGCCACCACAUGGUGUUACGAACUUGUCAGCAACACAACUCGCAAAGUAGCCGGGCGGGUUCGCAGCAUCGUGGCCGCCGUCCGCUCGCCUGGUCUCUCGGACGAACAGAGGUCGGAACUCCAGCAAACAUUGAGUCGCGAACUCGAGACCAUGAAGUCGCUUUUUGCCACGAUCGAAGACGCGGUGGUAAGCAUCAGGGACGGGAAUCAAGACGAGAUGAUGGAGAGUUCUGAUGCGUUACGUGCCGAAGACGAGGAAUUGCUGAAGGCGUGGGGUGGGCGAUGGGCCAGGGUAUUCCAUCGAAAAUACGCGGUAGAAGAGAGUUGGGUUCGGGAUGAAUUAGCGAAGCCACUGCCAGUAGCGGCAGAGAAGCCCACUGAGGAUGAGGUGAUGAAGACGGACGAGACGGAGAAUGGGGCGAAUGGUGUGGCGGCGGUGGUAGGCGCUGGAGAGAAUGGAGCAGCAGAUGCCGCCGAUGGAAUUGAAUAG